GCGGACGGCGGGGCAGCAGGCUCAUUUUCCAGUGAUUUCCGCUUCUGGUCACAACAUCCUGUAGUUUCAUGCUAUGUGAGUCGUUGUGCUGCCGUAAUCCAGGAUGGCUGCUCCGGGACCGGAGAGUUCGCUCUCUGGGCCGCUAGUAACGCGAAAACCAGAAUCCUCGGCUCUCGCUGUGCCCGGACAGAACCCGGGGGAUGCCGGCAUUACGAAGCCGAAAAAGAAGGUGCUGAGUGAGGAGACGUACAUCCAGACCAUGCAGAAAAUCAUUCAGAGAGAUUUCUUCCCGGAUGUGGAGAAACUCCGAGCGCAGAAAGAAUAUUUGGAGGCAGAAGAGUCUGGGGACCUAGAAAAAAUGAGGCAAAUUGCUAUUAAGAUUGGCACUUCUGGGAGAUGUUCUCGAGAAUCCCCUUUACCCUAUGUGACACCUGCUACAUUUGAGACUCCUGUUGGGGUUCCUGGAACACCCUCAUUUACAACUAAACAUAAAGAAGGGGAGGAAGGAGACAGUGAGAAAACUGAGGAGGAUGGUGACAAGCUUCCAAGCCUAGACAACUUUUUAGCCAAACACACAAGUGAGGACAAUGCCUCUUUUGAACAGAUAAUGGAGGUGGCAAAAGAGAAGGAACGAGCUAAGAAUUCCUGGCUUUAUGAAGCUGAGGAAGAGUAUAAGCAGAGGCUUCAAAGUAAUCUUGCCCUCCCCUCUGUUGAAAUGCAAGCUAUUCAGGAUGUGAAAGCAGGUCUGGAUACCUGGGAGUACAAAACACACAAUUCUCUCAUGUACUAUCCUGAAGGUGUACCAGACAAUGAUGCUAUAUUCAAGAAACCCCGGGAAGUAGUUCAUAAAAACACACGUUUCCAGAAAGAUCCCUUCAGUCAAGCUUUGAGUAAAACACAACUCCAGCAGGCAGCGGCCUUAAAUGCACAGUACAAACAAGGGAAAGUUGGUCCUGAUGGAAAGGAACUAAUACCACAAGAUUCUCCAAAAGUCAAUGGCUUUGGAUUUGUAGCUACACCGUCUCCUGUGCCAGGAGUUGAUGAGUCCCCACUUAUGACAUGGGGUGAAGUUGAGAGCACUCCCUUUCGUUUGGAUGGAUCAGAGACACCAUAUUUGGAGAAGACACCGGGACCAUCGUUUAAGAUUCUGGAGCCAGGUCGUAGGGAGCGAUUGGGUCUGAAAAUGGCUAAUGAAGCUGCUGCAAAAAAUAGAGCAAACAAGCAGGAUGCUUUAAGGAAAGUGACUGAGAGCCUGGCCAGCUUGACACCUAAAGGAGGACUCAGUCCAUCUAUGUCUCCUGCUCUUCAGCGUUUGGUAAACAGAACAUCAAGUAAAUAUACAGAUAAAGCUCUAAGGGCCAGCUAUACCCCAUCUCCUGCGCACUCUGGAUCCCAUGCCUAUAAAACCCCAGGAGGCCCACGACUCACACCUACUGUUACCCCCACUCCAGGAGCUGCUUCACGAACUCCUACUGUACCCGAUCCCACCUCCAUUACUGAUAAUUUACUACAUUUACCCAAACGAAGAAAGGCAUCAGACUUCUUUUAAGUGGUGGGAGUUAUAUUGUCAUAUAUGACUCUAUUGUUUAUCUGGGCCAAACACUAAAUGUUGUUAGGUGGAACCUUGUGAAGAUUAGGGGACCAGACUGUAAAUAUUACUCUCUUUAUAGAGAAUGAAGAUGGAAAUGCUAAUUUAAUAGCAACUGAUUGUGUUCAUAUACUUCUUUUUAAUAAUUUAAAUGAAAUGUUGCUCAAAGACUUCAUGUUUGCAGUAUACCUUUUUGCAUUAUGCAAAUUUUAUAUUUUGCGAACACUAUAAACACUUUCUCUGUUGUACAUU